CCUACCCCGGCCCAUCUGGCUGUCCUCAGUCCGUCGGUGUACGCGCGCGGUGUGCAUUGUGAACAAAAUUUGUAAAUAAGUUAUAAUCAGCGCGGUACAUCCUGGUUACCAUGCCGUACUACAACAGUGGCCACAGUCCCGCUUACAACAAAGAUGGCGGCUCCAGUGGGCCGUCGAGCACUUCUGGCGGUCGCGCCAGCAGCUCGGAGCCGACGUAUAUGAUGGAACACUUGGCCACGUUCACCGUCACGAAGGAAACCGGUAUUGUUUAUCCGGCGGAUGGUAUGCGCCGCCUUCUACAGCUGGAGAAAAGCAAUGGCAUUUGGAGUCAAAAAAUGCAGUUUCGUCUCGAGCGAAACUGGGUCCUUAUCAUGGACAACGAAACGGGGGCCAUCAUGGAACGGUUCCCAGCUGCCUUGAUACAGGAGCCGACGGCAUUUACGUCGAGAGAUCCUAUGGAGAUGUACAACAACAUUUUGGUGUUCACGGUAGCUGACGAUAGUGGCUCAGGCCAGCGAGCGGAGAUGCACAUAUUCCAAUGUCAGAGUGUAUCAGCGGAGGACCUCGUCGAGGACCUAAAGAUGCUGCAAAUGGGGAAACUGGUCACGGGUGGCUCGCCCCGCGGUCCCAGAGGGCAUAUUCCACCACCACCUGCCUUACCGCCUCCGGAACCACCCUUGAAUGGCGUGAACGUCAGGGAACAAGUGUCUGCUUUCAGCGCGGCGAAUGCAGACGGGCAGAAUGACAUGUCUCGAGAGGAGAACAACGACGAGGUGUCGUCGACGUCGUCGGAGAAGUACGAGCGCGAUGUAACGAUCCUGAAUCACUGUUUCGACGACAUCGAGAAGUUCAUCGCGCGUCUGCAGCACGCUGCUGCCGCGUCUCGAGAGCUAGAGCGCCGAAGACGCAAUCGGAAGUCAAAGAAGCGAAACCUUGGCGAUGGUAUGCUGACGAUGAGAGCGAAGCCGCCGCCCGAGAUGGAGUUUAUCGAUAUAUUCCAAAAGUUCAAGCUCUCGUUCAACCUACUGGCCAAGCUGAAAGCGCAUAUCCACGAUCCCAACGCUCCGGAACUUGUACACUUCCUCUUCACGCCGCUCGCGCUUAUCGUGGACGCCUCUCACGAUACUAAUUACGAUCCGAAUUUACCUAGUAAAGUAGUGUCGCCGCUCCUCACGCGGGAAGCGGUCAAUUUGUUGAUAAACUGCGUCACCAGCAAAGAGACCGAGCUCUGGCACUCCCUGGGCGACACGUGGCUGAUACCGCGCGAUCAAUGGAAAGGACACGUGCCGCCGUACCACCCGAUUUUCAUGGACGGUUGGUCGCCAGAGUACCCCAUUCCCGAGGACAGAGAUCACGAUCAUUUGGCGUCCCUAUUGAACGCGGAUAAACAAAAGAGGGACGAGUUACCAGAACAACAAAGUGAUCCUUAUUACAAUCACCGUGACGUGGACGAGUCGCAUUACAGCAGCGAUUAUCUCGAGUACGAGAGCCGGGAGGAGCGUGGCGGUAACGAAUACUUUGACAGGAAUUAUGGACCGAGCUCGGAAUUGUACGGCCGCGAGGAGAGAGUGGACCAGACCAGGGCGCACAGUGACAUUUCCGUCGACUCGAUCGAGAGAGCUCCCAGAGCAGCCGCCGGUAUAGAGAGAGCACAGGAGGCCUGGCUGGAUGAAUUGGUAGCGCGCCACGCCAAAAUCGUGCAAGUCACUUAUCCACGAACGGCGAACAACGACAAAGAACUCACGGUGGUCAGAGGCGAAUAUCUGGAGGUUCUCGACGAUAGUAGGAAAUGGUGGAAAGCGAGGAAUUCCCGAGGGCAGGUCGCUCACGUUCCGCACACCAUCGUUGCGCCGCACAAUCAUUCCGCUACUCAUUCUGCUGACAAUGACGUCUUUAACAAUCCUCUAUACACCAGCAGGUAUCCGAGGCAAGGGCACGGCUAUAAUUAUGAGGAUUCGGAGAUUGAAAGAACCAGCACUAGUCCAGGUCCGGAAACCACGCAUCGAACGCACGCGAUUCCACCGCCAGCUCCUGCUGAUUGGGUGAGAAAGGAAAGAUUAGGGAAAAAAGACGACGUUAGUUUGUACGACAGAACCAUCAGUAAUAGCAGUAGAUCUAGCACUUCUUCUACCGAGAGUAUUUCUCGGUCAAGCGGAAAGCUUAAUACGCAACAAAGCAUCGUGGAAGUGCAUUCGCCACCUCGCGACAUAAUACCAGAUGUAAUAUCCGAGCCAGAUUCGCCGCCCGUUCCGACCCUACUACCAGAGCUAGCCGCAUCGGUGUCAACGCCAAUACUGCCUGCAUCGGAAUCAGCAAAAUUACCCAUAUCGAAAUCAGCACCAUCGCUGUCUGUAUUGAAAUCAGUUGAAAUCCCAAUAAUAUAUCCAUUAAAAUCAGCACCAGCUUCAUCGCCCCCGAAAUCAGAACCAGCGUCGCCCGUACCGUCAUUAGAUUCAUCGACGACGCCUCCACCACCUCCACCACCACCGCCACCGACGCCAAUAGGACCUAUUCCAGUACUUCGAACCCAAAAAUCUGUGCCGUCAAAUUUCAUGUUUAACAAAACGGAAACCUCCAAGAGUAGUAAAUUCCUCAAUGGCACCUCCAGUCAAGAAGAAGCUCAGGAAGAAGUUCAAAAAGAGCUCAAGUUCGUUCUGAGGAUAUUUCGAGAAAAGAAAGCGAAUUCUGUCGAUAACAGCGCGCAGGAAAUUUGGUUGAAUCAACACUCGACCCCUCGGGAAGUUCAAAUGUGGUUAGCAGCCAAAGGAUUCUCGCAAAAUGUGUGCAAACAGUUUGAAAAUAUGAACGGCACGGAAUUGUUCAAUUUAUCGCGACGGCGACUAGAGCAAUUGUGCGGCCUGUCUGAGGGAAGUAGACUCAACGGGCAAUUAACUUUAGCGAAAAACGUAUGCGAGUAUAAAACCGCACGGUCAUCAGAGCUCAAGCAAAUUUUAGAAAAAGCGCGUCAAAGAGCGGAAAAACCCGAUAAGGAUGAAGCCAGAGAGUGAAUCGUACUGUUCCUUAUAUUCCGGAAUGCUACAAAUAUCAAAACGACAUGUGCAAUCGUUUUGUUGUUAUGCGAGAAUAAGGAAUUUAGAGAAAUGGAAGAUAAAAUACAAUAAUCAUUUCGUAACAUUCCAUAGAAAAAUAUCAGAAUGUACAACGCUAUCGAAAAAAUAUUCUCGAAUUAUUUUAUUUUAUCUUACGUAUUGCGAUAAUUAUUUAUUACGAGAGUUAAAGCCAUAUCUCGCAUCAAAUUUUUAGCAAGCUGGUCAAGCAUACGCUAUACAAAAAAAUUAAUGAGCUGUGAUGUUCUUUUUUGUGAGCAAUAUUAACCAUUAUAUUUUAAUAAACUUACUCAUUGAAAGGAAUAGAAAUAUAAAUAAUUGUUUCCCAGUGCGUUGUUUGACUCGAGAACUCAAUUGAAUAUACACCGUUUAGUACUCGAGAGCAACAUCAAGUCCUUUUUCGUUAAAUUUGUAUGUUAAUUAAAUUAAAUACAUACAUCGCAGGGGAACGCACUAUUGAUUGCGAUAAUGAUAUUAGAAGAUAGCAAUGAGAAAAAGUAUGUAAUCACAGUAUGUACGACGAUAAGUAUAUAAGUUAUCGAUUUAUCUUCAAAAUAAAUUGUGAUUUAAAUCGUUAAUUAAUGAAAAGGAUAGCAACAGUCAGCCAAAUGUAUAUCUUUUACAUACCUGUGUUCUAUUUUUUUACGUUACGGUAAAUAUAUGUAUUUGUUAGAUCUAUGUCAUCUGUCAAAAAUCAGUCGUCAAGGAAAAUCAUGGAUUGUGUUACUUAUGUUAUAUUUAUUUAAAGCGAUCACAUACAUCAUAACAGACAUAAAUAGGAUACUCUAGAUGUGUCAUUUAUGUGUGAUAAACUAUACAUUCUUUCCGAGUACUCGACACGAGGUCACAUAACGUGAACACAUUGAUAAUUAUAAUAUGCUAUUUGCCUUUAAAAGCACUCUUAUAUAUGCCAUUUAAAUAAAUAAAUAAAUGUCACUGUGGGUAUCCAACAGUGAUAACAUAAAAAUCUUCGACACUGGUAUAAAAUAUCAACAGUGUUACAUGCAAAGUAUAAUAACUCUCAGAGAAGUUUAAUCGAUAACAACGCGUUAAAAUUUAAAAUAUUUCUGUGCUAUACUAUAAAAUACUUUAUGAAUCAAUAAUUGUCUUACAAUUCGUUAUCUUCACUGUGCUCGCAAUACUUUAAAUAAAGCUGUUAUUAAAUAGAUUGAAAAAAAAGUGUAAAUUUCUGCCAAGAUGUUCAAUUUAUCUCUCGAAACGAUUCCGAAUUGAUUGAGAAACACAAAAUUUUACAUAAAAGCACUUUGUGUCGAUGCAAUUUUUAGAGAGGUUACAUAAAUUGCAUAAAUAUAAUAUAUUACUCUUUUAACUAAACGUACGUCACAUCUGGAUUAUCAUUAGUAUUAGAGAUGCCUAGAAAUGUCUGCAGAAUUUCCAUAGAAAAUCUAUUAGAAAAUUUUUGAUUUCUAACGUUGCUUUGGUCUUUCAUACUUUGACUUGCAUAAACUCUAGUCGUCAGACUAGAACGGUUUCUUUUACACAUGAAUGAUUAUACCAUUAAUACUUGUUAUGUAAUGACGAUUAUGUGAUUACAAUUUAUUAUGUUUGUCAUUCCUUAUCAUUAUUAUAUCAAAGAAACUUCAGUAAUAAUAAGGUAUUUUCGAUUAUUCGAAACGUUAAUAUUGUAGCUAAAGCAUCAGAAAGAGCUAAGUUGGUAGAGAAGUGUUGAAUAUUUUAGGUAUAAAAACUGAUAGGUUUCUACAAAUCGGAAUGUGUUGGAUAACUUGGAUUACGUGAAAUGAUUAAUAACGACAUGUGUAUAUUAUGAGAACAAAUGAUUUUGUGAACGAGUGUCUCCUAAAUUAAGAAAUAAAUCCUUACAAUUA